UCCAAACACGCCUCAUCCGUGUCUUUUCGCCUCCAUUUCCGCACCAUGGCCACCAACACAACAUUCACGAGGACUGUGCACAACGUCCCUCUUAGUCUGCCAGACGGACUCUCAGAAGACCACCUCACAUCGUUUAAGCCGUUCACCAGCUGGAUCGACACGCUCACCAAAUCUCUUGCGCUUCAAGGAAACGCUUCUCACCCGUUCCACUCAGAUCCAUACGCCCUCCGCAACGUGACGGUUCAAUCCUACGAUUACUUUGGAGCGGGCCGCCUUGGCUUCGUCAAGUUGACGGCAACCGUCUCGAAUUCCGGUGGAGAGUCUCUCCCCGCAGCAGCCUUCUUGCGCGGCCCCAGCGUCGCCAUGCUGGUAAUGCUGGUACCAGACGACGCGCCCCAGGAAUCUGACGAGCGCUAUGUCGUUUUGACGGUGCAGCCGCGCAUCCCUGCCGGUAGCCUGAGCUUCGUAGAGCUCCCGGCGGGGAUGGUGGACGGUUCAGGCAACUUCAAAGGAGUGGCCGCCAAGGAGAUUGAGGAGGAGCUGGGCAUUACGAUUCACGAAGACGAGUUGACGUGCCUCAGCGAACUGGCAGAGGAAUGCAUAGAAAAACGGGACCCCACGGACCUGAGAGAAACUCUGACUGCAGCCAUGUUCCCAAGCGCGGGCGGAUGCGACGAGCAUAUUACCAUCUACAGCUACGAACAGCGCAUUCCGAGAAGCCAGCUGAGCGAGUGGGAGGGCCGCCUCACAGGCGAGCGCUCUCACGGAGAGAGAAUCACGCUCAAGGUGGUCCCCAUGCAGCAUCUCUGGAAAGAAGGAGCUCGGGAUGCCAAGUGCCUGGCUGCGUUGGCGCUGUGGCAAGGUCUACGCCAGGAGAAGAAAUUAUAGUCGAGCAGACCCCCAUUGCUGUCCUCCCCUCCCGCCCUUCCAAUAGCAUCCCCCCCAGGUCUAAUAAAAACCCUGGGCCCGAGUUCAUCUUCAUAG